CUACCUAUUUUGUUACUGUCAGAACAGAAAGAAAAUCUAAGCAACCAAAUAAAUUAUUUUCUGUUUGUAAACGUUUUUGAAAAAAUAAGUGAGUAAAAUAUUCAGAUCACGUUAUGGACAAACCACAGAUUAUAGAACAUAUGAACCAGUCGGUAAAUUAUACAAUAUACGAUUGCAAAUGGAUUCCUUGUUCAGCUAAAUUCGUGGUGCUAGGUUCAAAACCGAAUUACACAGGCAUUCUGGACAUAUAUGAAUUAAAUGAGAAUAAAUUAGAAAAAGUUAAAACCGUUGAAAAGAAAAACGCAUUUAAAUGCGGCACAUUUGGCGCCGCUUCUUUACGUAAUAGACACAUUGCCGUAGGUGAUUUCAAUGGACGCUUGCAGGUCUUAGAUUUAGAACGCCCUGAGAUUGCAGUUUAUAAUGUUGAGGCUCACUCCACUAUUGUAAAUACUAUUGAUGCUAUCGGUGGUAAACAAAUGGAUUGUGGUGCUCCGGAAAUCGUUACCGGUGGUCGCGACGGUUCGGUCAAGGUGUGGGAUAUACGUCAGGGCAAUGCUCCUGUCGUUGAUAUAACGCCUGGUGAUCAUCCAGAUGAAAGUACGGAUAAAAUUCAAACUAAACGUGAUUGUUGGGCUGUUGCAUUCGGCGAUAGUUACAAUAAUGAAGAACGAAUCGUCGCUGCCGGCUAUGAUAAUGGAGACUUAAAGCUAUUUGAUCUUCGACAGUUAUCAGUACGUUGGGAAACUACACUCAAAAACGGUGUUUGCAGCAUAGAAUUUGAUCGCCGCGACAUACCUAUGAACAAGAUGGUAGUAACUACUUUAGAGGGUGGACUUUUGGUGUACGAUAUGAGAACCCAACACCCCAUUCAGGGUUUUGCUUAUUUAGAAGAACGCAAUGCUGGGCGUUCCGUAGGCUCAAAUGGUGUCAUCUCCGGUCCCAAAGCCACCGUUUGGUGUGCCCGUCAUCUACCACAGAAUCGAGACGUUUUCGUUACAGGAGGUGGUACAGGCUCUUUGCGCUUGUGGAGUUAUGAAUAUCCUGGGAAACGUUUAAAGGAAUCUACAGACGGAUUCAACGAGGGCGCAAUGGGUUCUUUACACAUGUUACAGGCCACUACCGUGUCCACCCAACCUAUACAUUGUUUUGACUGGCAUCCAGAUAAACAAGGUCUAAGUAUUUGUGGAGCAUUCGAUCAGACAUUUCGAGUUUUAGUAACCACCAAAUUAAAUUUAAUUAAUUAAAAGCUUUUGUGUUUUAGUAAAU